CUGCACAUAGUAGGUUAUGGUGCUCAGUGGUUUAAGCCUACGACCGUCCAAGAACUGGUGCAACUCCUGGGACAGCAUCGGACAGAGAACUACAGGCUGGUCUUUGGAAACACUGGAUUCGGUGAGAAAUUUUUGAUAUGAUUUCUUUAGUUCUCGCUAAUUUUUUUGUUUACAUUUAUUAAUUACUUUUUUUUUUUAUUUGUAAUUUGUUGUCAAGUAUCAUUCAGAUUAGUAAUCUUUUCCUAACUGAUGCUUGAGAAAAAAAAUCCGAGACAUGCUUCCUCUGUCUAUAGGGUGAUUCCGUUGGUGUUGACAGGGUCAAGUUUUUUACCCUCCCUAGCGGAGAGCCUGCAUAUUUUCUAGAGUAGUUAUUAAUCCUUUUAGUUGUCUGAUUUCUCAUUAAUGUUUUAAUUUGUUGCCUCCUAUUUUUAACUUCAUGAUUUGGCAACCAUUUUAUGUUGAUGUUUUUACUAGAAUUAUUUCCUGGACUCAAGUACCAAACCGUGCUUAAUGAUAACACACAUUUGUGUUGUCUGAUAACCAAUAUAAACUUUAUCAAUACGUCAUAGAGAUAAUUCACCUUAACUGUAUUUUUUUUUAUUUUACUUUUAUUAUCUUUGGAUUCAAAUGUCUGCUUUGGUCAUGUUGAUCUUUUGAGUCCAGAUCUGUCAAUGUUAUCUUAAUGGCCAAUUUCAGGAGUAUAUCAGGAAUUUGGGCCAUGGAACUUUGAUAUACUAAUUGACAUAAGGGGAAUCAAAGAACUGUACACGAUUCAGGUU